AUGAUAAAUAUUGCAAAAGUUUUAAAUGCUUAUCAAAUAGUCUUCCUUGUAUUAUUCUUCCUAGUAAUACAUAAUAACAUUACAGUCUUCGGUCAGAAUGUUUCACCCACAUGCGAGAAUGUUGAAGUUUUCUUUACACCCAAUAAUUAUUAUUCCUACGUUUGCAAUGAUUAUAACAAGAGUUGGAAAAGUACCUCAUUGAAUGGAACAUUUUCAUAUACUGGUGGGUCGAGUAGGAAAGUAUUGAUUUAUCAGGGAAUGGUUGGAUCGAAAAUUAAUUAUCGAUUUACUUCAUGUUCCUCCUCAUCGAGUUUUUCAGCAAAUUAUUCAAUGCUUAUUAAUGAUUUGAAUAUAAUGAAAUAUCCCUAUCUGAAUCCCAGUGUUUAUUGUGGUACGAAGGAUGCUUGUAAUUUGGGAAUUUCGAAAGCAUCAAGUGUGGAUGUUACUGGUCUUUCGUAUGUGUAUUUGAAAGAUUAUUCUAACAAGCUGACAUUGAAGAGAUUGACACCAGAGGAAUUGUUAAUUCAAUCCAUGUAUUUGUAUCUGUGUUAUGUUCCUUCAACAACACCUGUUGUGGAUUUGGGUAUCACUUCAAAACCAUCAACGGUAGUCAUUGCAUCAAAUCAAUCAAAUAGAAAUUCAACCAAUGUUGUGACCAUUAAAAACUCUGGUAUAGAUACAAUAACAGACGUAUAUCUGGAUAUCAAGUUCGAAUCUCUAAGCAUUUCAAACCUCGAUAUUUCAAUUGUAAAGCUUGUUAGGGUUAAUCAUUCAACAAAUGUACAAACAGCCAUCAAAUCAUAUACUCUCAUACCAAUAAGCAGCUCAAACACAGCCAGUCUUUAUGUCAGUUAUGUGACAUUACAAGCCAGUCAAUCAAUUCAAGUUUACAUCAUGUAUAAAUGGAGAAACGACAGCAAUAUCACAACAAAUACCACUUCCACUGUUACUUACGCAACUCGUAUGAAUGGAAAAUAUUAUGAUCCUUUGAUAAGCUCAAGAGUUCAAUCCUCCUCAAUCUCGCUCACAUACUUGUCUAAAACAAAUAAUACUGGCAUACCCAAUUCGUCUGUCAAUUCUACUAGUAAUGUAAUCACAAAUUCAACCCAGACAUCCAACAAUACUGCAAGUAAUAAUAAUACCACAACAAAUAGCAACUCGACAGUCAAUGUCGAUCCUUAUUCUCCCAAUACCUAUUAUUCAGUUUAUGAAAAAGCACUAGCAUUCAAGGUUGAUAAUUCAAAGAGAGUUAUCAUUGCUUCGUAUGUCACUACCACAGCGAUUGCUUUCAUUCAGACCUACAUUAGUUUUAACAGCACCUUCAACGGAACGAUUGUUGUAUCAUCUUCCGCCACAUUACAGACAAUAACGAUUCCUCAAAUCUCUGUCACAACCACUUCCUUUAUUAUUCCAUCAACAUUGUUAAAUUCUAAACUGAAUGGAGCAACAUCUCUAACUUUCAAGAUCACGAAUAGUAAAGUUUCUAACACCACAGGUACUAUUACAAUGUUGAAAAAGAGCAUUAAGAGUAUGGCUAUUGAUCAAUCUUUUACAAUUCCUAAACCAAUUGUUAAUGGUGAGGUAAAUGCCUUAAAAAUUAUAAGCUACUCCACUCGGGAUAAUACACCACAAGAUAUAGAAAUUUCUACGUCUGCACUCUCCACUCGUCCAUACUAUUUAUUCAUUAUCCAAAGUGGUGAAAUGCCUAUCACUCUCGAUGUUUCAAAAGCCCACCAAGUCAUUUCUGCUUCAAACACUUAUACACACAUAAUCUCAUUUAAGCAAAUUCCUAUUGGAUCAUUGAUAGUGAUUGUAGAGAACAAUUGUGAUACUUGUUCUGCAGUAUUGUCCUUUUCAAUUCCAAACAUGUACUUAAAUCCACCCUCCCUGCCCCUUGAUGGUGUUUACAGCCAAGCUUUGCCUCAAUCUUCAACAGGAUCCUACCCUUACUAUAUCUCCUAUAACCCAACAGAGGACAGUUACCUUCUUGCUUUUGUAACUGUUCAGAAUUUACAACCGGUAAUAAGUCAGGGUCAAUUCAAUUUAACACCUCCAACAUUGAAAUUAACAGCCGCACAAGGAACUCUUCAGAGAUUUGUUCUUGCUUUUUCUAAGACUGUCACUGUUAACUGUCUGAAUGAAUUCACAAACACUAUUGGUAUUUCGACAUGGCUUCAGCCAUCCCUUAAUGGAGUUUGGAAAUUUAACCUUCAAUUAGAUCCUGCCUUUACAAUUUCAAAUACAACAGUUAACUAUGUUGUACAAUCCAUAUCUUCCCCUCAACUUGCCUUCUCUCUCUCCUCACCUGGAUAUAAUACAAUUCAAUUACCAUAUUAUGCUUCUCCAACAGAAGAUGUAACGCAACGAAUGGUUGUAAAUACUGUUUCUAAUAAUUUCCAAAUUACAAUGUUGAUGGACAGUCAAAAUUUAAUGUUAUCAGGUAGGAAGUACAAUAUUUAUCUUGGGGUAGGAAAACCUGUAGACUCUAAUAACUAUAAUAUUAAGCUAGAUAUUUCAUCUCAAACCAAUUACAAGGUCAACAUUAUUGGAUACGAAAAUGGAAUAAUCUUUGAGACUAGUUCAGGUACAUCUUUUGUGAACACUCCAUAUUUGAAACUACAAGAUAAGGCUAUCUAUAUGCUCAUACAUCCUCUGGAAACAUAUUCUCCCCAAUCAUGCGAUUCUUCCUCUUUUUCCUCUCAAGCCAAGUUCAGUUAUUUAAUGACAACAACCCCAUCAAAGGCUUCAAUCUCAUCAUCUUCUUACUUGACCAAAUUUGUUGUAAACCCUGGAACUAUUGUUGAAGUGGAUUACAGUGAUGCCAAAGACACUGGACAGUAUUUGAUUGAAUUAUUCAGUCAACAAUUUACCUCAGUUCCGACUCCAACAGUAUACGCAAUUUCGUUAUAUCCAAACAAGUUGGAAACAAUUACUCCCACAAGAAACGACUAUGUCUACAAGCAACAUCAAACAACCUUGAAAGCCCUCAAAUUCAUCUUGGAUGUUGAUGCUUCCAAACUUGCAACAUACUCAAAGAUUUUAAUAAGAUUCCCAACAGAUCAAACGUUUGCAAGUGCUUCGUUCAGAGGAACUGCUGAAAAUGUAGAAUCUGGGGAAAACGUGUACCUUGAAAAUUACUUCUUUGAGUCGUAUAUUACUGCUGGAUGUAUUGUUGGUAUUGUUCUCUUGUAUUCUCUCUUUUUCACUUGCGUAUUCUGUAUUCAAACAAUCAGGAAAAAGAAGAUUAACAUUGAAAAUGAAAAGGAGUGGGAAUCAUUCAUUCCUGCUCUGUUCGCAACUCUUCCCAUGUUUCUUGCCAUCAGAGUUUGCAGAGGAUGUGUUAAAAGUCAGGAUGAAAGAAAAAGGAGGUAUUGCUCUGUGUUUAUAGUGGGAACAAUGCUUUUACUACUUGCAGUGUUAUGGUUGGGAGGAUUUGGAUCUGUUGUAGGUAUCACCAUCUUUGAAACAGUAAGCUUGAUGAAAGACACAAACGUCGAAUUGUUAUUAAGUAAUUCUGCCUAUGCUUGUUGUGUUGUCCAAUCUGGUACUUAUACUGAUUCAGUGUAUACUGAUUUUGAGAUGAUCACACUUGGAAAUACUUACAAGUGUUUGAAUGUACAUUCAACAUCUAAUCCUAUUACUGAGUUUUUCGUAAAUUCCAACAAACCAACCACUCCACUCGAAGUGGCAAACAUUGAGGGUGGUUUGAGUGCUGUUGGUUGGAGUAAUUUACAAUGCAAAGGAUCAAAGGUUCUCUAUGUUCCAAACAAAUUUGAGCUUGCAAGAUAUCUAUGUAUUGCAGCAACCUUUGGGUUAUUCCUUCUUGGUUUUGCUAUUUGGUUCUUUUUAUUCCUUUUCAUUGCUUGCAUUCAAGCACCAAAGAGAAAGAAGUGUGCCAUCAAAGCUCCUCCAAGUAGUAGUUCUAAAUCAAUCAAAUCAACCAGUGGUAAACCACUCAAUAAGAAACAGCAGUCAAUCUAUACUACUCCUCAACAACAAUCUGUUCACAGAAGUCCAACUAGUUCAACCAAUAAGACUACACAUACCUUUGCUGACUAUGAAGUCUUCUUCCCAACUAAGGAAGCCAAUACUCCUCUCAACAAGAGAAGAAAUGAGUAUGAAAUGUUUGAUGUACCAAUACUCAAUACUCCACCUCCAAUCUAUACUCCAUAUCCUCAACCAUUAUCAGCAUUUACUUCGAGUCCUCCAAGAUCUCCACCAAGAACUGCAUAUUAUUCUUAUGAACCUCCUUCUGUCAACACUACAGCAUAUGGAAAUAUGCCAGUAAGUAAUGGAAUAUUACCUCCUCCAUACAGCACUAUUAUUUUACCACCAGUACAAAAUGCUACUGAAAUAUAUCACGACGACAAUAUGGAAGCAUUGACAAUUCCAACAUCUGAAGUGGUCAAAAUGACAAGCCAAUAA